GAGCUUCUUGCGCGGCUGCAAUCUAGUAGCCGCAGAUAUUCGCCAAUCAGUGCGCUGCCCUUUGGACUUUGGAUCGAGCGGGGUUCUGCUCUUUGCGAUUAACAGGCUGGGUGUUGAACAUUCGUCACGUCGCCCCACGUUCGCCGUCGCGAGUUUCUAUUGUGUGUGAGAGUGCGUGCGUGUCUCGGUUCGAAAUUAGCGAACUCCCCGCCCCACCCAUCGUAGUGCAUCUAAUCGCGCUCUGUGAGCGCCGCCAGCCGUGCAGGCCAAGGCGCUGACCUUCGGAGUGGCUCUUAUGGCGUGAAAUGCGUUCUCUAGUUUCCGUUCUGAGGUGGCUAAUCGAAUAUUAAAACACGGUGGCCGUGGAAGAAUAUGAUGAACAGAACCAAACCCCAUCGACGCGGGGGGACAGGUUUAUUAGCAUAAUUGAGACUUAUGCUAAACGAAGCUCUACAAUGUGGCAACCUAAUACAAAACACACGCACACUGGAGUGGGUUAUCAGAGGAACGGAAUGAUUGACACUAGCCAGUGUUGAUUUUAAGGACAUUCGCAGGACUGCCACACCGUUGACGGCGGCGGCGACGGCGCAAAACUCAUCUGCGUUGUGUUUGGCUAAGGAAAAAAAGGGUGCAAACGUCAAGAGUCCUCCAGCAGCGCUUAGCACGCUGAACGUUUGUGAUAAGCUAGAAAGCCUCAGCGGGUCGAAGGGAGCAAGGCUGGUCAAAUAGCGGAGGAGGGGUGAGAGUAGCUCUGUGCCCCGAAGGUGCGCACGAUGGUGACGCCGGUGCGUACGCUGGUGGUCCAGGAGAUCAACCGCUGCAUCCAGAUGAUCACCGACAAACCGAACCGGGGCGCGGUAAAGGAUCCCCAGACGCUGCGGCUGAAGGAGCAACCGGAGAAACCGGUCGUGCUGAUCAUUUCGUGGCUGAAUGCGCGCCAAAAACAUCUGCUCAAGUAUGCCGAGCUGUACGUCGACCAGGGUUUCGACGUGUUUGUCACGCAGAUCACGCCCUGGCAGCUGCUGUGGCCGGUUAAGGGAACGCAGCUGGUGGCCGCAGAUAUUGUGAAGUUUUUGAAAAAUAACGAUUUCAAGAAUGGCCUCAUCCUGCACGGUUUCUCCGUCGCCGGUUAUCUGUGGGGUGAGUGUCUGGUGCAUAUUGCACGCGACCUGCCCAACUACCAGGUGGUGCUGGAUCGUGUGACGGGCCAGAUUUGGGAUAGUGCGGCCGAUAUUACGGAAAUCUCCGUCGGCGUACCGACGGCGCUGUUUCCCAAGAACCCAACCCUUCAGAAUGCGUUGCGCAAGUAUAUGCUGUACCAUAUGAAGGCUUUCCAUGAACCGGCCACUUCACACUACAUCCGCUCGAGCCAGAUGUUCCACACCAAUCUGUUGCGCUGUCCCGCUCUGUUUUUGGUCUCGAAAACCGAUCCCGUCGGUACGGUGGAGGCGAACACGCGCGUAAAGGAUAGUUGGGAGCAGAGUGGCGUCAAGACCACCUUCCACUGCUGGGACCGUUCACCACACGUUGGCCACUUCCGAAAGCACCGGGAUGAGUACAUCGAUGUGUUGUUCCACCAUCUGCGGCAGCUGAACCUGCCCGCCAUCAAGCAGGAUGCGUUGCUACGGGCGAAGCUGUAAGCGACGGCCAACUGUGAUACUUAUGGCGAUGCCGCUGAACAGAGCAUGCCUGGAAGCUCUCUGCAUAAAGGCCUUGGUUAAAAGCGAUGGAUAGCGAAGCGAAAGGAAACAAGAAGUAGCGGCACAACAGGCAAAACGAACACGAAACAAGGCCGAAGCCUUAAUUACUUUACCGGUUUUCGGCUCUCCCAUUUCUUCGGUUUUGAGACAGUUUUGUGCAUUACGAAUGAUUAGUUUCGGCUCUCCCAUUUCUCCGUUUUUGAGAUAGUUUUGUGCAUUACGAAUGAUAUUCUUAUCAUUUUACCUUUUAAUGCAACCGUAGCUCACCACCGGUUUAAAGGCAGAUCCAUUAUUUCUAGCACCAUCCUUUCCCUGAUUUACCUUGCGGAUUGUUAUAGUAAUACAAUCCACUCAAUCGUGUUUUUUUUUAAAUGAACCACAUCAUCUAACUGUAA